CAGCUGACUCCUCACAUGAUCUGUAGCAUCUGUCGGUCAGGAGCUAAAUUAUUUGGCCUUUUUUUCUGCGUUAAAUCUUGAAUAUAUUUGCAGCUGAGCGAUGGCCGGCCGCGGGAAACUGAUCGCCGUCAUCGGCGAUGAGGACACGUGCACCGGCUUCCUGCUCGGUGGGAUCGGUGAGCUCAACAAGAACCGAAAACCGAAUUUCUUGGUGGUGGAGAAGGACACGAGCAUCACGGAGAUCGAAGAGACCUUCAAGAGCUUCUUGGCACGUAACGACAUCGGCAUCAUCCUGAUUAACCAGUUCAUCGCCGAGAUGAUCCGUCACGCCAUCGAUGGCCACAUGCAGUCCAUCCCAGCAGUGCUGGAGAUCCCGUCCAAAGAGCAUCCUUACGACGCGUCCAAGGACUCCAUCCUGCGCCGCGCCAAGGGCAUGUUCUGCGCCGAGGACUUCCGAUAAACCACAGACUGUCCAAACACAAACGCGCUGUGUUUACACCUCGUGUGAUUAAUAUAAGUGUCCCUGACUUGUUUCCCUGUACAGUGAUGGUGGAUUAACUGUAUUAAUAACAGAAUAUAUUGAUUUGUUCAUUCCUUUUUAUUUCUGCCUCGUGGAAAUGAAUCGUUGUCUAAAACAUUCUCAGUUUUAUUUUCAGGAAGUGCAAAAUGUGACACAAACUCAGCUGAUAAAUGUAAAGUUUUCCUUCCCGUCGGCUGAAAAUAUCUCCUGAUGGAAGAAAAUGAAAACAUGGAAACAGUCGUAUGUUUGUCUGUCUAUCAGUGUUUGUUCCAGAUGUUUUAACUUAUAACAGAUGAUGAAUAUAAUAAAUGAUCUUGUUGGUUGUGA